AUGUACGAGUCGGAACCUCAGCAACCGGAGAAUUCUUGGAAACGCGAGCUUUGCUACGAGGAAGGCGACCGUAUCAUCGCACUCGAUGAUGUGCCACAGAACCAUCUAGUGCUUAACAGCGAGAUUCUGGGCCGUGCCUCAAUGUUCUUCCUAGGAAGUGAGAAGAAUGACUGGGCCGGGUCGGCGACCACGACUCGACACGAGCCAACAGGCAGAGAUCGAAAAGUACUCAAGUACUAUCUUGUGCAGAACAAAGAGACUGACACUAUUACACUGAACAAGACGCCUGAUACCGAACAGCACUCUCUGGACGAUCGUCUAGCAUUGCCCAAAAGCAGAGUCACCGUCUUCUACCUCUCUGAAGAUGCCCAUGGCUUCACCCAUCGUAGGCACCAUCACAGUAAGUACAGAAACUGUACGUAUCAGUACUUGGAAGGUGACGGUUUCCGGGUUAUCGACACUGCUCUCCAGUAUCUUCGCACCAUUCGCAAGAGCCACAGAGUCAUUUUCAAGUUGUUGUACAAGGAGGACGUCGACGAUUGGCUGGAGUACGAGGACUUUGCCGACAUUGCAGCCUACGCGGAGCUGUAUGAUGUUCUGGCCGAGAUUGCUCCAGGUCUAAGGCAGCUCUUGCUGAACAAGGAUGAUAUCUGGGAGGAUGUGAAGAAAAACUAUCACUUCCAUCUUGCUCUCGGACGCAAGCUGGAAUGUGAGGAGACUUUCAUCGAUGCAAUGCGCCACUACAUCGGCAGUGGCAGCCCUUUGAACGACCUCACGAUGAAGUUGGGGUUAGAUGCGGAAUAUACAUUCGAGAUCGCCGACUUCCGCGAAAGCCAGAAGAAUCGCAUCGACCAGCUGAUGCGGGACAUCCAGGCCCUGGCAUUGGCAACUCAUGUCCCAGAUACUGCUCCCAAGUACGCAGCUAUUGGUCAUGGGAAGCCCGUCAAGACCGCUUUCUUCUCGAGCGCACACAACCCGACCCAUCUGGAGCGCGUGCAAGAUCUCGGUCGGAAGAUUUUCGUCGACUGGUUCACGCAUCAACAACUCGGCGAGAAACACCAGAUCCAUAGACGCGACCAUCCCGAUUACUGGGCGGAAAAUCCUCCAUACGAAGUAGACACCGACAGCGACGACGAGUCUAUCCCACCCCGGCCUUCGACACAGGGCGUCUAUCUGCCAAGCUCGUUCAGAAAUGCCUGUACUUAUGCAGUCGAAGCAUCACAAACGGGCAAAGAGCUGCAAGUCUUCGAUGAGAAUGCUCCUGAAGCCUUCAUCCGCCAAUCCUCGCUCGCAGCAUCUCCAUACGUCACGCUUGCAGUACAGAGCGAGCUCAAGAAGUUGAUCAAUCAGAUGGCUAAUUUGGCUCUCCCACUGGUUGCGCCCCGUGAGUACAAGGUCAUGAAGGCGGAGAGAUAUCCUGAGCAUCCUGGGUAUGGUGCCUUUGGUAUGCAUGCUCCGCGAUCCGUCUACGAGAGCUACAACGCCAUCAACAACAAGGCAUACCGCAAAGCGAAUGCCCCUGAAAGCGGCUUCGGUCGGGGUCAGGCCAAGCCUCCUAUGGUUCGAGGCGAAGGUACUGUCGAACCAGGCACUCUGGGGUUCACCCACACACAUCUCAACGACACAGAUCGGGGCAAAUUCUACGAUGAGUUCUGGAGCACAGGUGGCGAGCUCUACGACGACUGGGAGAUUCGGUACGGCAUGACGGCGCACGAUGAAUCACACAUUCACUACUUCACAGCAACGGAGUUCAGCGAAGAAAAUGUCCCAUGGGAUCGUGAAAAUGUUCUGGGUGCGGAAUACAAGAUCUUGGACGUGAAGCCGGCCUCGAAGAAAUGGCUCAAAGCGUUGGGUUUGUUGGGCGAGGAUGAGGAUGGGGAAGGAAAUGAUGGUACUGGUGCGACAGCUGCGGAUUGGGGAAACUGA